AUGCUUGGAGCGGUGCUCAACUGCCGAACGCUCGCGAUCCGACGGCUUGUGAGCACGAGUCAAUUCUUGGCUGCCGAGAAACUGCCGACGGCGACACCAGACAAGUUCUCGCAAGUUGAAGUGAGUCUUUGAAAAAAAUGUGGUUUGACAGACGGAAAAAGUAGGCUCACGAAUAUAUUAUGCAAAAAAAAUUCGUGAGAGUUUUAAGCCUGUUUCCAAAGUUCAAAAAAAAGAAUUCAGUUUACUUUCUGAAGUGGUUGCAAAUCGACGAAUAGCUGCAAAAUAUCAUAAACAAAGUCGCAGAGUAUACGCUCGAAUUUCCCAAUAUUCUGAACCAAAAAUAAAACAAGCGAAGCUAUUGCUGACGUGAUAUUUUAUUUUUUCAUUUAUUUUUCAAUUGCUUUCUUUUUCAGAAGAAAAAGGACAAUGAAAUGCUGGAGACGAUCGAUAUCGAGGAUCUGCCACGGCCCCAGAAGCGAUUUGCGAAACAGUUCGAGAAGGUAUUCAAAUGAAAGAUUGGCAGUUUGAUUUUUCUCUUCGCAGGUAAACGAAGAGCGUGUCAAGGAAAUUUUCGCAAAGAACUACAAGAACCACAUCACAUUCGUCGUGCUCAUCUCCUUUGUCGUCGGCAUAUACUGGUACACGAUGUACUCGGUGAAGCAAGAGACGUUCCUCGAGGAAAUCGACGAAGAAAUGGCCGCCGCGAGUCCGACGACGCACGGACAUCUCGCCAAGAAAUCCACCUAG